ACGGCGGUCCGCGCUCCUUACCCGCUCGACGCUAACCAAACUACCAUCGCUCAUUCCGAUUUUAACCAACGUACGUAUCGGUCGCACAUUUCUCGCUAUUUUUAAAAACACGUGGCUCAGUGAUUCGUUCAUAGUAAUAUAACCUAAAGAUUUACGCGCUGAUUACUAUUACGACGCCUCAUCGUACAAUCCUGGUGGAGUAGAAAAAGAGAGCCACUAUCAUUGAGACGUUGGAUCGAAGCCAUCAAAAUGACUAAUGAUUCCAACGGCAUCCCAGCUCCACAGGAGUUGGAAACUUUCAUCCAUCCAGAUGAAAAGGGGAAGGAGCUAGAAGUCAAAAAAUACAACCUAGCAGAUGCAGAAGCAGGAGAGUAUGAUCCGUUUGCGGAAAGAAAAUUGGAGAACCCAACUUCAAACAUGGACACGCUCACGCAUCUCCUCAAGGCUUCCCUGGGCACAGGCAUCCUGGCCAUGCCAAAAGCGUUCAAAGCCGCGGGACUUAUCUCUGGAAUAUUUUUCACUGUGCUAGUUGCAGUUGUGUGCACACACUGCUCUUAUGUACUUAUAAAAUGCGCCCACGUGCUUUACAAGAAGACGAGAAAGCCGGCCAUGAGUUUUCCAGAAGUGGCCGAAGCUGCGUUAUUGCAAGGACCGGAGUGGGGAAAGAAAUGGGCUAAUUCCUUUAGGAUAUUCAUUGUGGUGUGCCUCUUCAUGACGUACUUUGGUACGUGUUCCGUGUAUACUGUCAUCAUAGCGAAGAAUAUUGUGCAGGUAAUCCCACCGACCAUGGUGGACCCAACAGACGGUGCAGUGAUUCGCGUGAUCAUACUCAUCUUACUGGUUCCUCUGAUCAUAAUGGUGUGGAUCAAAAACCUCAAGUACCUGGCCCCAGUGUCCAUGGUUGCCAACUUCUUCAUGGGUCUCGGUCUCGGAAUCACUUUCUACUUCUUAGUAGGCACCGGGGAACUUAACUUCGAAAAGGUUUCAUUUAUCAAAGCACCAAUGGAAUGGCCCGAAUUCUUCUCCCUAACUAUUUUUGCCAUGGAAGCUAUCGGAGUAGUUAUGCCGUUGGAGAAUUCUAUGAAGACCCCGAAAUCUAUGCUCGGCUUUUGCGGAGUUUUAAACAAGGGCAUGUCUGGUGUCACCCUUGUGUACAUUCUCCUGGGUUUCCUGGGAUACCUGCGGUACGGUGAAAAUGUCGAAGACUCCAUCACUCUGAAUCUGGAGCCACAUCCCAAUGACCCUCAAGUUUAUGAAGUGCUUGCCCAGGUCGUAAAGGUGAGUAUUGCGGUAGCGGUGUACUGCACGUUCGGUCUCCAAUUCUUCGUGUGCAUUGAGAUCAUGUGGAACAGCAUCAAGGAGAAGUUCACGAGCAGGCCCAACUUCGCCGACUACGUUAUGCGCACCAUCAUGGUUACCCUCUGUGUCCUCUUAGCGGUUGCCUUCCCCACUAUCGGCCCCCUCAUGGGAGUCAUCGGUGCCUUCUGCUUCUCCCUCCUCGGUCUCAUCGCCCCCGCCUUCAUAGAAAUCGUCACCUACUGGGACAUCGGCUUCGGGACCUGCAAAUACCUAAUCUGGAAGAACGUCCUCGUCCUCCUCUUCGGCCUCUUCGCCCUCAUCUUCGGCACCAAAACAGCCAUCCAGGGCAUCAUCAACUCGGCAUAACGUCUCACUUCUUCGACCAAAUAGGAUAAUUUUUAAUGUGUGAUAGUUAGUACGAUUUUACUCGCUGACGCACCGAGGUCGGCGACGCUAUGAGCAGUGGUGCUAUUAUUCCUUUUUAGACACUUUGAUUGGACUUUUUAGCGCGGUUGAACCUCGUUUGUAAACCCAUUAUUUUAUUUGGGCCAGUCAGUACGGUACUAACUAUAUUUUGUGAAAUGAGAAAUAAGUAGCAUGAUCUGUGUGUAGAACGUAUUUACGUGUUAACAUUUUCUAAAAGCAUUCCGAAACAUAGGUACAAUGGUGGGGUGAAUUAGCUGUACAGAUUAUAUUAAGUGCUUAAUACCGUUAAGUAUGGUGAUUUUAAAUGUCUUGAUGAGAAUUUUUUUUUAUAACUAAGUAUACCUACAUUUUAUGAAUAUCGAAUUGUUGUAAGAUUUUAUAUAAUUAGACAAAAUUCGCACUUGCGCUACAGCUAAAUUAUUGUAAGUAUUACCGUCAUUUUGUGUAUCUUUGUGUGUUAAUUGGGUUUUCGUGAUUUGUAAAAUAUCUAACACAGACGCACAGUGUCUGUGAUUGAUAAAACAAAACUAAUAUUAUUACACAAAGUUACCCAAAACAACUGUACCUUUUUUAAUAGCACUCAUUGGUACAUAAAGUAAUUUAUUGGUUAAUAUAGAAGUAAAAGUGCAAAUAUUUGGUAUUAUUUGUAGAUGUCGGAUAAUAUACCUUUAAGAUUUCCAUUCACAUUGAUUAUAUUCAUCGAAUCGAAUCGCACAUUGUUUAUUUUUACAGUUGUAAUAAGCGAAGUUAAUAAGUUGUUUUUUUUUUAUAUAAAAUCGAACAAAAACAAAAAGACCGAGGAUUUUAUAGGAAUUAAAUUAUAUUUAGGUAAUAUUGUAAAUGCAUUUAAUAUUUAAAAUUGUGAAAACUAAAUCUUUUAGUGCAUAAUAUUAAUGAAUGUGAAUUAUAUUAUUGUGAUACAAUUGGUGCAAUCUGGAGAUAUAUCAGGCGUGGACUUUCACCCUGUUCUGAUGCUUGCUAUAAUAAGAAUAAUACUUUUGAGGUCCAUACUGAAGUCAUAUUGAAUUUUAUACAAAUAUCGAAGCUUAUAUACAAAAAAAGAGUAAAUGAUUAAGUAAUUACAGUAUCUAUUUUUCCAUGACAAGAUGAAAUUUUAAACAGGAUCGGACUCGUGCCUUGAAUAUAAAGGUUUUAAUAACAUUGAUUACAUUAGGUUUACAAGUGUUAAUAGAAUAUUAAGUAUUAUGUUAUUAUAAUGAAGUUCCUAAGCUAAAUUGUAUGAAUUUUGUAUUUAUUUUUAAUUCUAAUAAGUUGGAGAUGCCAUUUACUGAAUAUUGCAUGAAAUUGUUAUAAGUUUUCAUCAAUAUUUAAAGGGGCAUUGUAUUAUGCAAAUACAAAGCUUGUACGAUA